AUGCGUGGCUCAGCAGCUGAAGAGGGAGUGCAGCUCGACGCACGUGAGUUUGACCACCCCCUUCCCCUCGAAGACCCGUCUCGACGUUUGCUGACCACGGAUGUUGCAGCAACGCAGCCCCCAAGCAUGACCGAAAUCUACGACGCCCUCCCACCCGAUGGCCUCUGCUACGAGCAGCUUUUGGAAAGAUUUGAGGACCGUUUGGAAACCCACGACGCGUGGACUUUUGCUAGGAUGCUGGCAUCUGUUGGCCAUUUUGACCGACGCACCUGCCGGGUGAUGCCCAAUUCGCGGGACAAGAUUGUAGAAGAUGGCCACCCUAACCCUAAACUAUCCGAGCGCCUUGGGGAAGAAAGAGACAUGUAUUUGACCAUCGAGAAGAUUCUCAAGCGGACCGAGGUCCCCGCAGAGUCCAAUCACGAGGCCCAGCUCAUCGCGGACCGUCUUGCCGUCGAGGCCUCGCUCACACGAUGCAAGGCUACGAACGAAGCGCUUGAGACGCAAAAGGUCGACCUCGAGGCGCAGGCUGCGGCUGCUGCAAAGGCGGAGAGCACACUUGCACAGUACAAGGCUAGGAAUGAAGCGCUCGAGGCGCAGGCUGCGGCUGCUGCAAAGGAGACGGAGAGCACAGUUGCACAGUACAAGGUUAGGAACGAAGCGCUCGAGGCGCAGGCUGCGGCUGCUGCAAAGGAAACGGAGAGCACAGUUGCACAGUACAAGGCUAGGGAUGAAGCGCUCGAAAGGACCAAGACCGACCUCGAGGCGCAGGCUGCGGCUGCUGCAAAGGAGACGGAGAGCACACUUGCACAGUACAAGGCUAGAUACGAAGCGCUCGAAAGGACCAAGGCCGACCUCGAGGCGCAGGCUGCGGCUGCUGCAAAGGCGACGGAGAGCACAGUUGCACAGUACAAGGCUAGGAAUGAAGCGCUCGAAAGGACCAAGGCCGACCUCGAGGCGCAGGCUGCGGCUGCUGCAAAGGAGACGGAGAGUACACUUGCACCGUACAAGAAGUGCAACGAAGCGCUCGAGAGGACAAAUGCACAGUACAAGAAGUGCAACGAAGCGUUCGAAAGGACGAAUGCACAGUACAAGGCUAUGAAUGAAGCGCUCGAGGCGCAGGCUGCGGCUGCUGCAAAGGAGACGGAGAGCACAGUUGCACAGUAUAGGAAGUCCAACGAAGCGUUCGAGACGCAAAAGAACAACCUCGAGGCGCAGCUUUGCAAGGAACGCGACGAUGCGAAGCAGCGCAUAAAGGGCCUCACAAAAGCGCUUGGCAAACCGCGAGAUAACCACCUGCAACGAUUUCUUCGCAUCGGCAACCAUCCGCUACCUCCCCAGUUUGGUGAACGCGAGCGCUCCGAGCUGGUGGUGGAUGAGAAGGGAGGCGAGGUCACGUUGCACUUCAACGACACGCAACAUAGAUUCCAGUUCGACCACAUUUUCGAUUCGAUGGACGACGACGAAGUCACGGCAACCUUCCACCCGUACAUUGAACACGUUGCCGAUGGUGGAUUAAGCGUCAUCAUGACCGAUGGUCCAUCUGCGAGCGGCAAGUCGCACACCCUCAUGUGCGGUCGCCAUUCAAUCGCCCAAGAAGCUGGGCGCAUCCUACUAGAACGCGCCGAGGAUGGCGAUGCUCACAUCAAGAUCAAAGCCGUGGAAAUGCUGCAAGAAGAGACGAGGAUCGAUUGGAUGAAGCCUUCUGAGCGGGAGCAAUUUGGCAUCGUGCUGGAAGACGAGGCGUACCACGUCACGUCCGAGGAAGGUGUACGAGCGGUGCUGCAGCACAUUGAAGAGCACCGGACGGUCACUGGAACCAACAUGAAUAGCAAAUCGUCCCGGAAGCACUUGCGGAUCGAGAUGUACCAUGGGCCAGGUCGUCUCGUCUUGCUCGACGUCUGCGGUGCCGAACGCCCCAAGGACGUUGGCAUGGCAGACGAGCAUGGCACGCUGCACAUCAAUCGGACCCGGUCUGAUUAUCAACGCUGCAUACAGUCUCUUCGCACGCCCAAGGGCUUUUACAGUGCCCCAAAACAAUCGAGGGUAAGCAGACGGUACCGUUUACGAAAUGCGCUGACCUUUUGCGUAGCUCGCUGCGUUUGUAAGCAACACCAUGAAGAGCAUCACAUGUCCGCCCGCCGCGGAUGGCUCUAG